UAUUCAUUCUUUCCUGCCACAAAGACGAUUUGCGCAAGAGCGUUUGAAGAACCACCUCACUGUUGGAUACGGACACCCGGAGUAAGCCCCACGUCCAAUUCCUAAUGAAGCAGUGGAAGAAAACUAGAGCUCAGCACCUCCCAGCCAAGAUCUAAUCUUCCCCUUUCCCAAGCAGAGGAGAAGCUGCAGCGGGCACUCGCGGUCCAUGAGCCAGCAGCGUGGCUGCCGCUGGCCCCGCCAGGGAGGCACCCGGAGCCUUCAGCCUCCGGGCGAUGCGAGCCGGAGGUCGGUAGAAGCCAGGGAGCGGCCGGCCGGCCCCGCGUCCCAGCCGGGGACGACUCCGGCACCGGGGGGACGGCCGCGGGGUGUCCCGGGGGCUGCGAUGGAGACUCCCUGAAGGGCCAGCUGGCAAACACGGGCUGCAAAGGUGAGUUCUUCGGCCGCCGCAUGAGGAGGUCCUGGCCCGGUGAUGGCCUCGCAGCCCACGCUGGCACCAGUGCUGCUGCUGAGCCUGCUGGCCAGCUGCCUGCCAGCCGUGCAGCCCAGGGACUUCAGUGUGAAGGACAUUGUCUACCUCCACCCUUCCACCACGCCGUAUCCUCACGGGUUCAAGUGCUUCACCUGCGAGAAGGCAGCGGAUAACUACGAGUGCAACCGAUGGGCGCCGGAUGUCUACUGCCCAAGAGACACAAGAUACUGCUUCAGCCAACACAUGAUGAAAGCUACUGGGGAGAGUGUGUCGGUGACCAAGCGCUGCGUGCCGUUAGAGGACUGCCUGUCUACGGGCUGCACCUAUGUGAAGCAUGAAGAGUACAAGAUCUGCACCUCCUGCUGCGAAGGGACCAUCUGCAACCUGCCCCUGCCGCGGAACACAACGGACGCCGUGUUCACAACCCUCUCCCCCCUCAACAAAACACAGAGACUCUCACAUCCCAUCCUGCUGACCACAGCCUGUCUCUGGCUGGGGUUGAUGUCACAGCACUGGGUCACGGACAGCUGAGGCCAUCUGGGUGAGGCCAUCUGCGUGAAUCUUCAACCUCGCCCCACGGAGCCUGCGCCUCGGAGCUGUCUUGGAGAGCUUGGGGUUUCCCCUCCUUAUUUUGUGCUGGUGAUGAACAAGGGAGCCUGGAUGUAGA